UUAAUUAUUGUAGAACGUUGCACUUACAACAUCAGCAGGUAUGAAUGUAAAAUUAAAAAGAAAAGAAUAUGUAGGGAACUAUAUCGAAUGCGAUAUUAUUUUAUUGUGCAUAGCGUCAGAAGACAUAGAAUUGCAUUAUCGUCUACGUAAAUGUGAACUCAUUCUUCGCAAUAAUAAUAAAAAAAAAUAUUGACGAAAUGCAAUGUGGAAUCCUGGCGACGCGAAUCUUGAGAUCGCGUGUGCGUCGCUACGCGCGUAGUUUAUCACAGCGGCGCCGAGCGGCGCGCCGAACUCCCGCUCUGAGGUUUGACGAGGUGUCACGUGACCCACGCUAACCGCCAUCUUUCCUUAUCGUAUAAACAGUGCGACCGGGCGCAGCGCGAAUUCUCGCCGUAGAAUCGUGGAUUUCCCAGUGUUUUUGAGUGAUUCGCACGCGAAGAGAUGUCAGACGCUAAGACGGAGACCAAGAGCGACAACAACGUCGAGGAUACGUCCAAGGAACAGUCGACGGAGGAGAAACCGACUCCGACGAAAAACAAACGUAGUGGCACCAAGAGACUCUCUACUCUUGAAAGGGCCGCUCAAGAGAGCGAGGGAUUCUUAAAGGGCAUGAACAAAUCCGUCGGUGAAGUAGAAGGAAGGAGACGCACCCGCAGUUCAGCCAGAGGCCUAACUUCGACAACACCAGUGCCAUCACCAUCUAAGAAGGAAAAAAGGGAAACGUCGACGCGGGGUGGUGGUGGUCGUGGACGCGGACGUCCCAAGAGGCAGGAGAAAAAUAAUGAGAAUAACACGGACGAGGAAACGUCCAAUAACAAAAGCGAAAAGCACACGGAAGAAGAAUCCACAAAAAUGGAAAUAGAUGAGGAAAAGGAAGAGAAAGAGGAAAAAGAGAGCAAGGCGAUACAGAAUGAAGACAAAAAUGCGGAGGGCACGGACAGUAAAGAUAGUAAAGACAGUAAAGACACUGAGAAAGUGUCUGAGGCCAAUUCCAAGGAUGAGAAGGUAACGGAAGUGUCAGAGAACGUGGUGGACGAGGCUAAAAAUACUGUUCUCAGCGAAGAAAAGAAACAGGAGGAAGUGAAGGACAGCUCGGAUUCGAGUCAAGAUGCGACGGACACAGCAGCAGAAGCGCCACCUUUAUCCUUAUCGGAGUCUCAAAAUACCUCCAACACUGUAACUACCGAGGAAAAUAAGGAAUAACCUCCCUUCGCCUGUUUUACCAUUACUUUUAUGAGGUACCAAGGCGGCGCACAUAUUGGGGUCACACAAAUCCAGUCCCCCUCGUCUAUUUUAACUAAUUAACACCUUCUUGUCGAUCGUUGCUUCAACCAGCGCAUUAAAAUUUCUGUUUUAUUUUGACAUUUCUAGAUCGUUGUUUUUCGAAAAAAGACAAAAACAUAGAAUUUGUCGAACUGGUACGAAUUAGCGUUAAAGGAUUAACUUAUUUUCCCCUUCUCUCUCUUUCUCUCUCUCUCUCUCUCUAUCUUAUUUCUCUCUAUCUAUCUAUGUUAUACGCUAUAUUGUAAUCUUCUUAGAAAAAAUUCAUAAUUCUAGGAAGAUUAUUAUAAUAAUCUAGGAAGAGAUAUAGGCAUAAAUCGUUAAUCUAGCGUUAAUUCAGAUUGUCGAUAUAACUAAUUCUUAAAACUUGAUGUUUAACUUAUUUUUCAAUCUUUGAAAUUAUCACAUACGCUAUUCUCUUCCACGUUAUUGCUAUUCUUUUUUUUUCAUAUUUAAAGUCAAUUUCAACCAAUUUUUGUUUAGUCAGUUAAUAAAUAUUCUUUUAUGAUGUUUUAUGUAUAGCAUGUAUAUUAUAUUUAUAUAUGUUUAAAUUUUAUUUUGUUUAUAAUAUAAAAAUCUUGUCCUGCGCUGGUUAGUUAGCGAUAAGCAACGCGAGGUGUAGAGCAUACGUUGUUCAUGUACAAUGAUAAUAUUAUUGUAAAAUAUAUUUAAUAUGGACUUAUAUAGAGAGAAGUUGUUUUCAAAUCAGAGCUGACAUCCGGGUCCUAUAGUAUAACGCCUAUGAUUCAGAUCUGAUAUGGAAGUAGCUAAAGAUUAAUUCGUACAUAGCAAAUUACUAUAAUACCUUUAUCGUAUAUAAAUAGUGACUGAAUGAAGUGGAAUAUAUGAGAACUAUGGUGAAAUGAUUUCUCUUUUUCAUGGAUUAAGCGGAAAUAAAAUUUCUGAGAAACGC